AUGCCGCUGAGUGGCAUCAGGCCUAGUGACGCUGUGAAGUGCGUUGACGGUUUCAUCAAGUCACAUUUGUAUCACCUGAACAAGAUUGGGGGGAACGAGCUAAUUAGGGACGAUGUUAGGAGAAAGGCUGCCAUCAUCUUGGGUGCUGCCCGUGCUGUCAUGACCACUGACUUUGACAUAGCUGAGGCCGACUUGGAACCCGCUGAGACUGAGACACCAGUCUUGCACGCAACUGUGGGGGAGAGCAAUGGAGCCAAAUACACCAUCCUGUUGGCACAGAAUGACCCGCACAGAGACAUCCUUACUGAAAAUCUGGCCUUGACUGAGGACGAGUUGGUUAUCUUGAAGGUGGUUAUGCGAAGCGCUCAAACCAUUAUGCCAUUACAGGGUUUGAAUCUUAUCAUUGAUGGCUAUCACUAUCUCUCGAACAGUACCAAGUCCUCCUACAGUGCAUUCUUGGCCGUGGAAAGGCAGGUCUGGGUGCCUAAAGCCUUCAAGACCUUUGCUGACGCCAACAAGGACAUAGUUCGAGACUUGAUGGGGCACAAGGCUGGCCACCCCGUCUCUGUAAGUAUCAAGGAAUUAGCAGCCACUUCCCCUGCAGUUAAGACCAAAUUGGAGUCUGCUAAGUUAGGUAGCGCCUCGGUUAGGUUACCGGCCCUAGAGAAUGAUGCUGUCGCUGCUCAAACUAUCCUCAAGUUGUCUGAAGUGGUUUCCCCAAUCUGGGAGACAAUGGGCGGUUCUAUGAGUGCAGAUGCAAUAAGAAUUCGUCUACAGAUUGUGCACGGGGUGGCCAGGGGGACAGCCCGCUACAUGCCUCCUGUCAAGUUGGACAACAACAUCACCAUCGAGACCAGGAAGGAGGCCCUCAACGAGCUCAAAAGGGUGGUCAAGGCGAGUUCGCAUAAAGUUGCGGUUGCCUAUGGUUUUUACUGCGCCAUGGCGGAAAAUCUGCCAUGGAGAGUGGUGACACAGCCUCUCACACCCUUAGGCACGCAUUCUCGCUGA